AUGCUUGUGUUUUCUCUCCUCAGCUCUCUCAUCCUCGUCUCCGCCGUUGGCUUCGCGUCGGCCAGCGAUAUCUGUACCUACACCUCCCGUAGUUGCAUCGGGUCUUAUGGUUGUUGUUACGGUAUUGCACAGAAUACCUGCUGCUAUUGGCCGAGCAAUUAUGGCUGGUCGGUGAAGUUCCAGAAUAUGCCCACGACGUCAACUUGGCUUGGCAAGACGUUUGGCGAUUCGGUCUGCUCCACGCAGACUGGCGGGAUAGGCUCAUCGUCCGGAGCUGCUUGUGCCAGCGUUUAUAAUGGCCCGACCUAUCUUGCUUGGAAGUCGGCAAACUGGAAUGCAGGCACUGGCGCAAGGCGCGAUCUUGAAACCCGCGACAAUUCCACCUGUGUCCAGCCUAACGCGAUUGGGUUCACUACAGAGGAUGGGAAAGAGCAUCUUGUCAAGGUUCCCGAAGGGAAAUUCGAUGAAGUCAACGAGUGGGUCAAGACCGACGAUUUUUCGAAGCUCCUUGAGCUAAAGGACUGA